AUGCAGCAACAUAACGUCAACCCCGAAAACAUGUUGAGUAGCAAAGGUAGUGCGUCUGACCACGUGGAAUAUACCGCUUCAAUCAAAGAUGGCAUCAAUACGAUGAUGGCUGGCAUGCCUGAAUUUUUACAAGGCCUGACGCCAGAGGAAAGGCAGGAAUUGGAGAAAAAGCUUGUUCGUAAGGUUGAUGCAAGACUGCUCAUCAUGAUCGUUGUGAUGUAUAUUUUAAACUAUUUGGAUCGAAACAACAUUGCCUCGGCAAAGCUUGCUGGCCUAGCAGAAGAUCUGAACCUUCAUGGCAAUCAAUACCAGACUUCCGUCAGUAUUCUAUUUGUUGGGUACUUAUUGAUGCAAGUUCCAUCAAAUAUGAUUCUCAACAAGCUCGGAAAACCCUCCAUUUACCUUCCAGUGUGUAUGCUGGCGUGGGGCAUAGUAUCCAGCGCUACUGCCGCCACUCAAAAUUACGGUGGACUCCUGGCUUGCAGAUUUAUACUUGGAUUUGUAGAAGCCGCUUACUAUCCAGGUUGUCUUUAUCUUCUCUCGUCAUGGUACACUCGCAAGGAGCUUGUCAAGCGAACCGCUCUAUUAUACUCUGGGUCCUUACUCUCUGGGGCUUUUUCAGGCUUGAUUGCUGCAGGUAUUACCGGCGGGUUGAAUGGCGCAAGAGGAAUUGGAGCUUGGAGGUGGUUAUUUAUCAUUGAAGGGACAGUGACUGUUUUCGUGGCCAUAAUUUCCAUUUUUAUCAUUCCAGACUUGCCACGGACAACUUCCUGGCUAAGUGAGCAUGAAAAAGAGCUUGCAGCAUGGCGUCUUCAAGAGGAUAUUGGUGAAGAUGAUUGGGUUGACAGUCAGCACCAAUCCAUUUUUCACGGUGCUAAGCUUGCUUUCACGGACUACAAAGUAUGGCUUCUACUCGGCGCAAUUUAUGGGUGCACUGCUUCCGGGGCUGUUACCACAUUCUUCCCAAUUGUUAUGGCUGGACUUGGAAAAGAUAAUAUCACCACACUUCUUCUCACAACACCACCAUACUUGAUCGGCACCAUUGUGAUUCUGAUCAACGCGUGGCAUGCGGAUAAAACAGGCGAAAGAUUCUUGCAUAUUGUUCUGCCGCCAUUCGUUGCUAUCGCUUCUUUUGGCAUCGCAGUUGCAACUAGAAAUUUCGCAGCUCGAUAUGUUGCAAUGUGUCUCAUGAUUGGGGCAAUAUAUGCAGGAUAUGUGGUUUUACUGGGCUAUAUUUCAAAUGUUCUUCCUCGCCCUGCUACCAAGAGAGCUGCUGCCCUAGCCCUCAUCAACUGCCUUAGCAACGUUUGUCAGAUAUACACACCUUAUCUGUAUCCCGACUCUGCAAGCCCAAAAUACACGACAGCAUUCUCUGUAAAUAUCGCCAUGUCAGCAAUGACAAUUAUCUUCGCCGUGGUAAUUCGGGUGGUGCUUGGGCGCUUGAACAAGCAGUUAGAUGAAGAAGAAGGUACUUUUAUUCAGAGAGCGGAUGAAAAUGAAGCGAACAGGAAUGAAGAAAAUGGACUACCAGGACGAGCGGUUGCGCAAGGAUUUAGAUUCCUGCUGUAA